ACGAUACCACAAGCUCAUAUCGCGCCUAGCGCGAUAGGCUAACUGGCGGGCUGGUCCACGCGUGUACGGAAAGUACGGAAAAGUAAAAGGAUUUUUUUUUCCUUGAUGAAGACACAUGAUUACAAAUUUCAAGAUUAAUGUCUCCUCACUGUUUACGUUGUUUUCAUUAGUCAAGUUUUUGUUUAUAACUUUCGGAUAGUGUUUCUUUUGCAUCCUCUGCACGGAGCUUGUCAACAACCUGCUGCUAAAAACAGACAUCGCGGGGCACUCGUGUACUAAGUUGGGUGCUCUCUGACAGUGGUCUUUCACAGAAGCAACAUGUAAGAAAAGCGUAGACCACCAGACAGUGCGGGGAGCAGCCUACGCGACAGAAGAGGCGAGACGGUCGGCGACGCCGAUUUAAAAAAAGAAAGAAGUCAACGAAACAAACAAACAAACAAACAGAUGAAAUAUGAUUCCACCGGCAAACGUGAUCCCGGAGAACAGCGUCGGUAAAGAGAACGAACGGGAGCAGCUCGAGUUGCCUAAAUCACCGUCGUCCAGCAUCAGCCAACAGGAAUCAAAGCUGCAGAGGCUGAAGCGGUCUCUGUCCUUCAAGACCAGGAGCCUCCGCAGCAAGAGCGCCGACAACUUCUUCCAGCCCCGCCCGAGCUCUGACACGCUGCGGCUACAGGUGGACCUCCUCCCCCAGGUGAGCGCCAGCGUGGGUCACCUGACCGCCAGCGACCCGCCGGGCCCCGCCCCCGGCCCCGGCCCCGCCCCCGCCCCCGGCCCCUCCCCCACCAGGGCCGGCCCCGCCCCCCAGCACGACCCCGCCUCCCACAGCUUCCUGGAGCACGUCUUCAAGAAGCCCACCUUCUGCGACGUCUGCAACCACAUGAUCGUGGGCACCACCGCCAAACAUGGCCUCCGCUGCAAAGCCUGUAAAAUGAGCAUCCAUCACAAGUGUGCCAACGGCGUGGGCCAGCAGAGAUGCAUGGGGAAACUGCCUAAAGGAUUCAGGAGGUAUUAUAGCUCCCCCUUGCUGAUCCAGGAGCAGUUUGGCUGCAUCAAGGAAGUCAUGCCGAUUGCUUGCGGGAGCAAAGUCGACCCUGUGUACGAGGCCUUGCGUUUCGGGACGUCCCUGGCGCAGAAGACCAAGAGGACCAGCACGGGCAGUGGGUCCGAGUCACCGCUCAGAAACUCCACCAGUGAUUUGGCAGAAGUUCCUGAGGAGGGCGUGGCCCAUUGUAGCCGGGAGGAGCUGACUAGGAAACACAGUGACAGCGUCUUCAUGCCUCUGGAAAACGGAACCGAGCAUUUUCCCAACACGCGAGACCAGAAGCCUGAAGAUUCCCCGGUGAGGCCCCACCUGCGGAAGGACGUGCUGCAGAUGAAGACCUGCGUGGCCCUACACCGGUUCGUCCCCCAGCACAGCCGGGACCUGGAAAUGAGACCGGGAGACAGACUCCUGCUGCUGGACGACUCCCGUGAGGACUGGUGGAAGGGCGUGAUGGAGGACAGGAUUGGGUUCUUCCCCUCGUCCUGCGCGCAGCAGGUGUGCGGGGGGGACCGGGUCUUCCGCUGCCUGCGGACCUUCAUUGGCUGCGAGGAGCAGGGCCAGAUCACCCUGAAGGAGGGCCAGAUCUGCGUCGGUGGCGUGGAUGAGCGUGGAGGCUUCCUCAGAGUGGCCAGCGGGGAGAAGAGGGGCUACGUGCCCACUGACAUCCUGGAGGACAUCUAACUACACGCGACCACUGCCAUUCAGCCAAUCAGGGCCCGCCAUUCACCAACAGUCCACAGAGUAACCAGCACUGCAUCCUGCAGAGAGAGAGAGAGAGAGAGAGAGAGAGAGAGAGAGAGAGAGAGAGGGUGUGAGAAAGUGAGAGGGAGAUAGAGACAAAGGGAACAAGAGAGCACGAGAGAGAGGGUGAGAGAAAAAGAGAGAAAGAGAAAGAAAGAGAGAGGGUGAGAGAGAGAGAGUGAGGGGAUGAGAGAGUGGGAGAGAGGGUGUGAGAGAGGGAGAGGUGGAGAGAGUGAGAGGGUGAGAGAGAGAGGUGGAGAGAGUGAGAGGGUGAGAGAGAGGUGGAGAGAAGGAGAGGAUGAGAGAGAGGUGGAGAGAGGGAGAGGGUGAGAGAGAGGUGGAGAGGGAGAGGUGGAGAGAAGGAGAGGGUGAGAGAGAGUUGGAGAGAGGGAGAGAGUGAGAGAGAGGUGGAGAGAGGGAGAGGGUGUGAGAGAGAGAGGGAGAGAGAGGUGGAGAGAGGGAGAGGGUGAGAGAGAGAGGGAGAGAGUUGGAGAGAGGGAGAGGGUGAGAGAGAGAGAGGGAGAGAGAGGUGGAGAGAGGGAGAGGGUGAGAGAGAGGGAGAGAGUGAGAGAGAGAGAGAGAGAGAGGUGGAGAGCUGCAGUGCUGUAACUGGAUGGACAGCACCCCCUGUGGGCGGUCAGUGUUUCUGACCCAGGCUGCAGGUGUGCUUGGGUGAAACGGCCGCUGAAGGGGAUUGGUCAGAAUUAAGACGGACUGGUUUCCUGGUUUCCCUCCUUGUGAUUGGAGGAGGAGUCGAGGCACGCUGCAUCUUUAAUUAGUAAAUAUGGAAAGUAAAUGUUUUAUAGAUAUACAGUAUAUUCCAGAUAUAUUUAUAUAUUUUGUUUUAUAUUUAUUUAAGUGGAUGGCUGUCCACUGCUUGUUUCUGUGCAAACCUAAGAAAAUCUAAAAUCUAGAAAAGUGAGUGGGGGGGGGGGGGUAAGCUUUUCGCUGUCAAAUAUACAGAUACCCCCAUAAAAUCUUGGGGUUAACAGGGGGUGACUUGUGUAAAAAAUGUUUGUUUACACAAUUUUUGCAACAAAUUUCUAAAUUUAUACACAAGGUCAGGCCCUACUUAAUGUCAUUAGUUGCUUCAUUCAGUCCUGUUAUCACCAAUGUUGUUAUCAAACACACUCCACUCUAUAACACACCACACACACUCCACUCUAUAACACACCACACACACUCACUCUAUAACACGCCUAACACACUCCACUCUAUAACACGCCAGACACACGCCAGACACACUCCACUCUAUAACACGCCUAACACACUCCACUCUAUAACACGCCAGACACACGUCAAACACACUCCACUCUAUGACACACCACACACACUCCACUCUAUAACACGCCAAACACACUCCACUCUAACACGCCAAACACACGCCAAACACACUCCACUCUAUAACACGCCAAACACACUCCACUCUAUAACACACCAAACACACUCCACUCCAUUACACACCAAACACACUCCACUCUUCUUCAGGGAAAGGGGAGGAGAUUCAACUCCAAAAAAGAACAAGUAUUUUACUCUUAUAUUUGGAUUAAUAUAAUCCUAACUUGUUUUACUUUGUUGCUAAAUGAGACAAAAUAUUGCCAGUGAGGUGAGACAGUUUCAACUGUCAACUCAAUAUUUGCGAAUGGAAUAAUGAAACAAGAAUGAACUUAAACCAGGCUAAGAUCCGAUAGCAUCUUCAGUCUUAUUACAAGACUAACACUUUUUUAAGACACAUUUUUGGAGUGCACCUCUGUAUCCUGUAUCUUCUUUUGUUUUAAACUCCCAACUAACUUCCUCUUUUGUUAAUUCAUAUGUGAUUGAGAAGAGCAGCAAGAAAUUAGUUACACAAACCAUUGGUCUGACUCUACCGUGAUGUUCUACACACUCUAUGAAUGAGGAAGCGUCAAUAUCAGUCCAGACAGGAAUCUGUGAUGAUGACGAUCCAACAAAAUACAGCAUCAUGCGCCAUUUCACAAUUUUAAGAUAUGAGGCAAUCCUAGGAAUUGACUGGAUGCUUUAAUUUACAUUCAUGAUCAGACCAAAUCAAUGUUUUUCAUCAUGAACAUCUUGUUUAAUGUUUCGACUUUCCUGUGCUGUUUAAAUCAACCCUUCCUCCCUCUCCUCGUCUGUCCACGCCAGGCGUGGAUUUGUGAGGGGUCAAAAGUCACUGUACGUCUGCAAAAAAUUAAACAGAAACAGUAUUAA